AUGAGCCAGCAGGAUGUGGUCGCCGUGCUUUCAGAACGCCUGCUCGUAGCUGCCUACAAAGGCCAAGUGGAGAAUGUGGUGCAGCUUAUCAACAAGGGUGCCAAGGUAGCGGUUACCAAGCAUGGCCGGACCCCCCUGCAUCUUGCUGCCCACAAGGGUCAUCUCCACGUCGUCCAGGUUUUGUUGAAGGCAGGUUGUGACCUGGAUAUUCAGGAUGACAGUGAUCAAACGGCAUUGCACCGGGCUGCUGUCGUAGGGAACACCGAUGUUAUAGCAACUCUGAUUCAAGAGGGGUGUGCUUUGGACAGACAAGACAAGGAUGGGAACACAGCUCUUCAUGAGGCCUGUUGGCAUGGAUUCAGUCAGUCGGCCAAAGUGCUCGUUAAAGCAGGAGCCAACGUUCUUGCCAAGAACAAGGCAGGUAACACACCUCUUCACCUGGCUUGCCAGAAUAGCCAUUCCCAGAGUACUCGUGUUUUGCUCCUUGGAGGAUCUCGAGCAGACCUCAAAAAUAACGCAGGAGAUACCUGUCUGCAUGUGGCUGCUCGUUAUAAUCACUUGCCCAUCAUUAGGGUGCUGCUCAGUGCUUUCUGUUCUGUCCAUGAAAAGAACCAGGCAGGGGACACCGCGCUCCAUGUAGCUGCUGCUCUAAAUCACAGGAAGGUGGUGAAGCUGUUGCUGGAGGCAGGGGCUGAUGCAUCUGUUGUCAACAACGCAGGUCAGACCCCCCUAGAGGUUGCCAGACAGCACAAUAACCCCGAGGUUGCACUCCUCCUCACUAAAGCAUCGCAGGUCUCACGCUUUAACCGUGGAAGAAGCCUGAGGAAGAAGAGGGAGAGGCUGAAGGAGGAAAGGCGAGCACAGUCGGUACCACGGGAUGAAGUGGUACAGAGCAAGGGCAGUGUCUCAGCUGCUGACGACACGCCGAGCAGCGACCAGCCACUGCAGAGGAAGAGUGAUCUGAAGGAUGGAGCCCCGUCAGCCUCACCAGAUCCCAAAGGAAAGAAGAGCAAAAAGAAGAAAACAAAGGAAAAGGUUUCGGCCCUCUCAGACCCUGUUGCCCCAGCGGAUCAGCAGACGCUACCUCGGCCCCAGCAGAACGUGCCAAAGCGCAGGAGCAGACAUCACUGCUCGUCCCCACCCCCUCCCCACGAGGUCCGAGCCUACCAGCUGUACACGCUCUACCGAGGGAAGGACGGGAAGGUGAUGCAGGCACCGAUAAAUGGAUGCCGUUGUGAGCCCCUGAUAAAUAAACUGGAGAAUCAGCUGGAGGCAACAGUGGAAGAGAUAAAGGCCGAGUUUGGGACAGUACAAGAUAAGAUGAAUAUUAAGCUGGGCCAGAUGGAAACCAAAACUCAGCAUCAACUUCGUGUUUUGGACAAACUGAUGGCUGAGCGGCUGUCUGCAGAGAGAACAGAGUGCCUUCACCGCCUGCAGCAGCACACUGAGCUGGAAAAAAAUGAGGGGGAGAAACGGCAGAUUUCCUUGGUCGAUGAGCUGAAGACCUGGUGCAUGUUGAAGAUUCAGAACCUGGAGCUCAAGCUUUCUGGGGAUUCCAGGUCAUCAAGACCAAAAUCAACUUUGUCCACUUGUGAGUCUCUCACGGAGACGCUGGAUACCGAGAACAACCCUCACUGUGCCAAGGACGGUAAGGGCAGCCCACCCGGGCUGCAGGAGGAGGGCUCCCACCAGCAUUCCUGUAUCGCGCUUCCAAACAGCCUCUCAGACGAUGGGGGAAGGAGCAGGGUCCAGAUGCCGGCGCAGACCUUCAAGCAACAUUUUUGCAUUCAACAAGAUGGUGCGUCGGGUACAACCUCGUCAGGUACGGAGCAACAGUUAAGUGCUGGCAGACCGGUCUCCUCUUCUGCUCCUGCUCAAGACGUCAGGCCCAAGGACAAAGCUGUUAGUGCCGGCACAUUCCACAGGUUCCAGCAGGAGCUGCCCUCCUCUGAGCUUCUGGGCAACAAAUUGUGUCACGUUAAGGUUCAAGCUGCUUUGCAGCCCCUGACUGAACCCGCGAAGACCAAGCUGCAGAGCGGCUACUUCAUUGACAAAGGAACUCAGACGAAGAAAUCCAGCAAAAGCGGGCAGGUGAGGCACAGAGCUCUGCACCAUGCGGCUGCAGGACAUCAGAGCCAGGAGCAGCAGCCCCCUGCCCUGCCCACCGGGCAGCCGUCUGCCCCGCCACCGCCUCUCAGAGACACCUCCCAGGCGCUGGAGAUAACGCAGUACUUCUUUGAGGCCGUCGCCACGCAGAUGGAGAAGUGGUACGAGCGGAAGAUAGAAGAAGCCCGAUGCCAAGCUAAUCAGAAAGCGCAGCAAGACAAAGCUGCGCUCAAGGAGCACAUUAAAAGCUUAGAAGAGGAGCUCAGCAAAUUAAGGACUAAGGUGCAGAAAGAGAGCUAG